AAACAGCACACGCCGCGCACAAUGAUGACGUCGCAACGUUUGUCUUGACGACAACAAACAUGGAGGAAUAUGCCCGUGAACCUUGUCCCUGGAGAAUAGUGGAUGAUUGUGGAGGCGCUUUCACCAUGGGUGCAAUUGGAGGAGGGGUGUUUCAGGCGGUCAAGGGCUUUCGAAAUGCCCCUGCGGGUGUCGGACACCGACUGAGAGGCAGUGCAAAUGCAGUGAGAGUAAGAGCUCCACAGAUUGGAGGUAGUUUUGCUGUAUGGGGAGGGCUCUUCUCCACAAUUGACUGUGGUCUAGUUCGCCUCAGACGGAAGGAAGAUCCUUGGAACUCCAUAACAAGUGGAGCACUAACUGGAGCUAUCCUGGCAGCACGCAGUGGGCCUUUAGCUAUGAUGGGUUCUGCCAUGAUGGGGGGAAUUUUGCUCGCUCUCAUUGAGGGUUUUGGGAUCCUCCUAACCAGAUACACAGCGCAGCAGUUUCAGAAUCCUGUUCCCUUUGCAGACGACCCCAGUCAGUUACCUCCUAAGGACGGAGGUCAGCAGCAACAGGGGGCAAAGGGGCAGUUUCAGUAGAGAACAGUAAAGACUGAGACCAGCUGUGGACACAGUGAGUCAGACCAGAGAGUAGGGAGGCGGGCACAAAGAUACUACAGCAGGUAUCAGGUGGAGAUACUGGUCACUACAGUGGUGUUAAAUAGUUGCACUAUGUUCUUAUACCUCAGGGGCAAAUUACUGUGAGUUUUAAUUAUUUAUUGACUGGAGUGAAUUUUUGCAUGUGAGCAGGGAUCCUGACAAACCACAUGUCUGCACCUCCAGUAUCUCAUGCAACAUUUUCUGUAUCUGUGGUUUUCUCAUUGCUGUGAUCUUUUCAGGUUAAAUAUACAGUACUGAACUUUAUAUAUAAAAUCAAUUUGAUUAUUCAUAAUUUUAAUGAUUAAAAGCAUCCAAAGAUUUUAUAAUUGUAUGCAUAGAUUAUGUGUGAGUAGUAAAAAAAAAGGUGAGACAUUACAGCAUCACAUUUGUUGAGUUAGGUUUUACUAUGGAGAGUAGCAUUCUGCCAGUCUGUUUCUAUGUGUUAAUUAUGUCAGUUGAGACAGUAAGUGCAAAGAACUACUUGUGCUUUUAAAUUAUGUGUGCGCUUAAGAUGGAUCUAAGUUCAACAAAACCUCAUUCCUUUCUUGCAGUUUUUCCUCCCCUGGCAGCUUCUGUAACUUUUGAAUCUUUGUUUUAACAUACUAGAAUGAAUGGAUUAGCUCAAGUCAUGUCUGUAAUACUGAAAAAUAAGGAUGAGUUCCUAGGAAUUAUGGCUUGAAUCACUCAGACAGCUCACUCAGCCAAUUAUCAUCACGCACCCCUCGUCACUUUGAUCGCUGCAUUAUCCCAUCAAGCAACCAAGCACUUUUUAAACUCUGUCUCUCUGUUCUCUUAAAAUGGUAGCAUCUGCCACAGCAGAGAGACGUGCAGCAUGAUGCAGUGUUUUGCUGUAAAACUAUGUAUAGAGAGAAUGUUUAUUUAUUUAUUUAUUGUCCUGAUGUACACUGAUCAGCCACAACAUUAAAACCACCUGCCUAAUAUUGUGUAGGUCCCCCUCGUGCCACCAGAACAGCUCUGAUGCAUCAGGGCACAGACACAGGACCUCUGGUGGUAUCUUGUGGGGUCUGGCACUGGGACGUUGGCAACAGAUUCUUUGGGUCCCUGUGGGUUGCAGGGUGGGGCCUCCGUGGAUCUAGCUUGUUCCAGUGCAUCCCAACAGAUCCUUAGUCAGAUUGGGAUCUGGGGAGUGGUGAGGUCAGGUCAAUGCCUCAUGCUCUUUGUCAUGUUCCUUGAGAUAUUUCUGAGCAGUUUUUACAGUGUGGUGGGAGCAUUGUCCUGCUGGGGGAGGCCCUAGAUGUUGGGGAGUGCUGUAGUCAGGGGAGGAGGGUGCUUGGUCUGCAGCAAUGUUUAAGUUGCUGCUAUAUGUCAAAGUAACAUCCAGAUAAAUGCCAGGACCUGCGGUAUUGUAACGAGUGUUACUCAUUUCACCUGUCAGUGGUGGUAAUGUUGCGGCUGAUCUGUGUAUUUAUUGUGCACAAGUUGAUUAAAUCAAUAAAGGCAUCAAAUGCUCUUGAA